AUGGCGUCCGGCAGCAAAUCUCAAGGUCCAUCAAUUGGCGUAAGAUCAUUUUAUGGGCGAAAACCUGUCGGCGUUAACCGAGUACAACCAUUUGUAAAUGUUAGGGAAUAUGAUGACUCAUCAAGUGACAGCGAUGACAAUUUGGCACUGAGUUCGAUUGCGGCUACCUCGAAAAGAACAGCGACGGAUGCAAAAAAAACAACUGCUGCUGCAAAAAAAAAGAUACCGAUUAAUUGGAAGAAAAAGAAUCUUGAAGUAAAGGAGAACUAUGAGUUUAAAGUUGACUACCAAAAUGAACUAGAUGAUGAUUUGGAGGGUCUUGGAUCAGAGCUUUCGUAUUUUUUCUACCUUUUCCCUAAAGAUUUGAUCGAAGAUAUUGCACGCCAAACUGUUUUAUAUUCAGUUCAAUCACGUCCAGAAAAACCUGUUGAUAUCACAGAAGGUGACAUUCAGAAAUUUAUUGCGUGUGUUUUAUAUAUGUCAAUCGUCAAGUUACCGAGUACUCGAGAUUACUGGUCGUCCUCGAUCGGUAUUCCCCAAGUAGCAAAAGUGAUGACAGUCAACCGCUUUGAAGAAAUAAAACGUUUUAUUCAUUUUAGUGAUAAUGCUACUGCUGAUAAAACUGACAAAAUAAAUAAAAUUCGCCCACUGGUUAACAAAUUAAAUGAGCAACUUCGAACAAUACCUAUUGAAGAAAGUUUAGCUGUUGACGAACAGAUUGUCCCCUUCAAAGGGCGGCAUUCCAUCAAACAAUAUAACCCUAAAAAACCACAUAAAUGGGGCUUCAAAGUUUUCGUUUUGAGUGGCGUUUCAGGCUUUAGUUAUAAUUUUGAAGUUUUUACUGGUGGAGCAGAUAAUGUAUGUGCCCAAAAUGAGCCUGAUCUUGGUGCAAGCAGUAACGUUGUCGUACGAUUAGCACGAGUUAUUCCUGAAAACUGUAAUUACAAACUUUAUGUUGAUAAUUGGUUCAAUAGUAUUCCACUAAACGUGUAUAUGUAUACAAAAGGUAUACAAAUGGUAGGGACAGUUCGUCGUAACCGAAUAGGAAAAUGUCCAGUAUCGUCAGAUAAAGAAAUAAAAAAGAAAGGUCGCGGAACUCAUGAAGAACGUGUCGCAACAAUAGAUGAUGUUGAUGUCUGCGUUGUCUCGUGGUUUGAUAAUAAGGUGGUAAAACAAACAUAUCGAGACACCGUGCCCAAACCUUGUUACGAUUUAUAA